AUGCAAGCAUACGGAGCUUGUGCAUAUGUGAGGUGGCAAACUGGUGAACAUGAAUUUGAGUCACAUCUGAUAGCAGCUAGAAAUAAGAUUGCACCAAUGAAGCAAAUGUCCAUUCCUAGGUUAGAACUAUGUGCAGCUCUUAUGGCUGCUAGACUAAGAGAAUCUAUAUUAAAGGAGUUUACAUGGAAGUUUGAGGCAAUUUACCACAUAGUUGACUCAUCAAUUAUAAGAUCACAAAUCCAAAAGGAGAGUCACGGAUUCAAUACCUUUGUUGCAGUACGCAUAGCAGAGAUACAAAUCAAGACCGACCCAAAGGAAUGGUGGUGGGUCGAUUUACACAGAAUAUCGCAGACAUGA